AUGAUCAAAUUAGUGAAGACUGGUCUAGACAGCUUGAUCGAGCAUUCGCGUCCUAAACCGCGCACACCGGCCGAUCGAGGAACGAACGUACCGCGAUCGUCCCGCGCACAACAUCCGCGCCAUCCUGCCGAGCUCACGUACCGACCCGGGAAGCAACGUCCCGCGGUCGAGCCGUUUCAGCCUCGCCACCAUAAUCCGCGCACGACCGCGCAGCGCGAACUGGGAAGCAUUGUCUGGCGACUGCGCGGCACAUAUCACGUCCCGCGGCCGAUCCAACCGUCCGACCAGGAAGGCUUCGCCCCACGUCCGGUCUUUUGGAGCAUUCUGGAGCAUAUGGGACAUAAGGAGCAUGGAGGGACUUGGCACAUGGAAGCAGCUCAACUGGAUACGCAAAGGAAGAAGGGAGAAGCCAUCUUGAAGACCAGCUCGACCGUCCACUCGACCAACCGGUCGAGUUCCUCAACUCGACCGGCCAAGCUUCAACUCGAUCGAGCUGGAGUCAAAGUCAAACCCGAAAAAUGUUGCUUCCCCCUUGACUUCCUUUGA